AUGCACCUACGUCGGUCUUUCUCCUGCAUGAAGUUGCCAAACUGCAGACAUAUUCGGCCAAGACUGUGGUUUGUUCUCAUUGGUAUCGUUUUAGCUUUCUUCAUUAUCAAUGUUUUGCUGAAUGUACUGCCCCUGUGGGUUGGGUCCAAACAUGGCGUGGACAGUUCCCCGGUCAACUUGGUUUGGUUGUUGCCAGGCUUGAACCCGGUGAGUCAACCCACAACUGGACCCAGCCAUAGUGGGACAAGCGUUUCCACGAUGAAUUUGGAAGCACAAUAUCGUUCUGUCAUGGUGUCUCCAGAUUGCAGGCCACCGCACAUGAUCUGGGACACAAACCUACGCCACACUGAUCGAAUUGUUGAACAACUUAACUACAUUCCUAAACGCCGCCGGUUGUUCUCGUCUGCUCAUAUCCUGGUGUUUGAGAAAGGUGGCGGGGAGGAAAUACCGGCCGGUAACACCCUAUUUAAAAAUAAUCGCUGCUUGGUGGACAACUGUAACAUCACUCUCGAUCCUAAGACUGACCAGCACGUAGACGCCCUUGUCACAUCCAUAUCCAUUAGUGGCUACUUGCUACAUAAACGUAGACAAGAAGAUGUCUAUGUCUUCUAUCAGUUGGAAAGUCCCAGGUCCUUUGUCUCCUCGGAGCGAAUGUCUGGUUUUAACUGGACAGCUACGUAUAGACACGACUCUACCAUCGUCACCCCGUACGAGAAAUGGGUGCCAUUUGAAAAUAACACAAACGCUGGAUAUUUCGAAGGAAUAGAUGCAUUCCCAGAAAGUAGACCCACAAUCAGUAAAAACUAUGCAGACGGUAAAAGCAAAAUGGCGGCCGCCCUGAUCUCCAACUGUAUGGGAAAGCGAAUGGUGGUGAUACACGAGCUGACCAAGUAUAUACGGCUAGAUUGUCUGGAAAUGAUCAGUCGUGACUACAAGUUUUAUCUGGCGUUUGAGAACGCAAACUGCGUGGAUUACAUCACGGAAAAGUUCUUCAAGAAUGCACUGAGUAGAAACGUCGUACCUGUGGUGUUCGGCGCCCCAUCGUCGGACUACGUUCGCUCAGCCCCGCCUUACUCCUACAUCCACGUUGACAACUUCCCCACUGUGAGACAUCUGGCUUCGUACUUGCAAGAACUGGAUGUAAACGACGAUAUGUAUAAUGUUUACUUCAAGUGGAAAGGCACAGGAUCCUUCAUCAACACGAAAUUCUGGUGCCGACUUUGUGCCAUGGUGAAUGACCUGGAUAAACCCUAUUUGAUAGACAAAUAUACUGGGUGUAUACUGUUGAAGUGGGUAGGUAAUCUACGCUGUGCAAACUAUGAGAGUAUUGUUAAUAUCAAUGGCCCUUCAGCUCCGCUUUAUUUUUUUUUAAACAAAUAA